UGUUCAGUGAGCUGUGGAGAGGGCACCCAGAGUCGAAAUGCCAUUUGCAGAAAGAUGCUGAAAACCGGGGGUUCUGUCAUCAUCAAUUCCUCACUGUGCCCACCUUUGCCAUUCUCAUCCUUGAUCAGGCCCUGUGCACUAGGCACCUGUGCAAGGCACAACAGGCCAGGUCAUAAGCAAAGCCCCCAUAUUAUGGCUGUGAAGAACGUUUACAUCCAGACAAGGAAGCAGAAGAAGCUACACUUUAUUGUGGGUGGGUACGCCUACCUGCUGCCUAAAACUUCCGUUAUUCUCCGAUGCCCCACAAGGAGGUUCCGGAAAUCAAUGAUCACUUGGGAGAAGGAUGACAAGAGGCUUGUCAGCUCAGCUCACAUCACCAUUGCACCCUAUGGGUACAUGAAAAUCCAUCGUUUGAAGCCUUCAGACACCGGGACAUACACCUGCACAGCAGGGCCAGCCCAGGAGCAUUUUGUAAUUAAACUAAUUGGAAGCAACAAGAAGAUCAUUGCUGGGCAGCCAACUGGUAUUAGGGAAGAAGAGGCCAUGAGAAAGGCCAGCUUAAAUGAAGCCUUGCUAACACAGGGGAAAUACAUCAACAGGAUUCUUUUCAAUGGGAGCAAGGCUGAAAAGCGAGGGCAUCUUUCUGACCCUAGCAGCUGGUAUGACGAUAUUGUCUCAAGGCUGCUACAGCACAGGGGCUGGCCAGGGGAAAAUCUGGAGUCCUGGGAAGCCCAGGAGUCCACAGAGAGAAACACAUCCUCAGAGGAGGACCAGAGCCGGGAGUAUAGCCUGCCAUUUACUAUGGUCACAGAGCAGAAACACUUGGAUGAUAUCAUAAGGAACUUGUCUCAACAGCCUGAGGAACUUAAAGACAUCUACACCGAGCAGCUUGUGCAGCUGGCUCACGAGAUUUUCAAGAGCCACUUGGAGCACCAGGAAUCUGUCCUCAAAGCAUCAAGGCGAAGAGUAGAUUCAGCCUCAGUGGAGUAUCCUCUUCACAGACAUGUUUCUGGAUUUACCAGCUCCCUGAGAACAUCAUCUGCUGAAGCAUUUCUUCCCACUUCUGUAGAGCUGGCAAAUGGUUUGCGCAGACCUCAACAAAAGCCUGCCAUCCUCCGAAAGAUCUCAGCAGCACAGCAGCUUUCUGCUUCAGAGGUUGUUACCCACCUGGGACAGACGGUGGUCCUAGCCAGUGGCACGCUGAGCGUACUGCUUCACUGUGAAGCAGUGGGAAACCCAAAGCCCACCAUCAGCUGGGCUAAGAAUGGAGAGGAGGUGAAAUACAAUGAUAGGAUACUACUUCAGCCUGAUGACUCCUUGCAGAUUCUAGCGCCCGUGGAAGCUGAUGUGGGUUUCUAUGCUUGCAAUGCAUCCAAUGCCCUGGGAUCUGAUUCUGUCUCCAUCGCUGUCACUCUAGCAGGAAAGCCACUGAUAAAGACAUCAAGAGCUACUGUGAUCAACACUGAAUCGCCUGCUGUCACUGUUGAUAUUGGAAGCACAGUGAAAACAAUCCAGAGAGCAAAUGUCACCAUUAGCUGUCAGGUCGCAGGUGUUCCUGAAGCAGAAGUUACUUGGUUUAAGAACAAGGUCAAGCUGUCCUCUGCUCACCAUCUGCAUGAUGGGUUGCUGCUAAUUGCAAAUGUUUCUCUGUCAGAUCAGGGGCUGUACUCCUGCAAGGCAGCCAAUCUUCGUGGGGAUGUAACAGAAAGCUCCCAGCUGUUCAUUCUUGAGCCUCCAAGACCUCUUCCUUACCUAGAAGACUUGACAACAAUGCUUUCCAGUGCUGGGAACAGCACUCGUUCAGUGCUGACCUCUCCUUCAGGAACGAAAAUGACCGUCAGUCCAGGGAGUUCUGCUCUCAUAGGUUGUGCUGUGGAUGGUCAUCCAAUCCCAAACAUCACCUGGCUUUACUCUGGUGAGCCUCUCAGCCUGCAGCAUCGCCUCCUGGCAGCGGGCCAGAUUCUUCAGAUACUCAAUGUCAGUGAUGCUCCUGAUGGCGAAUUCAGCUGCCUUGCUCAGAAUGAGGCUGGCUCACUCACACAAAAAACAUCCCUGGCUAUACAAGAAUACCAGUGGUCAGUGGACAAGCUGAUGGCUUGUUCAGCUUCCUGUGGCCACAAAGGGGUGCAGCUGCCUCAGCUGAGGUGCUUACUGGAUGGGGCUGAAGUCAACAUAUCCUACUGCAAAGAGAAGCCCAAGCCAGCCCUGCAGCCCAUCGCAUGCAACAGGAGAGACUGCCCUUCACGAUGGAUGGUAACAUCAUGGUCUCCUUGCACACGGAGCUGCAGUGGAGGCAUCCAGAUGCGGCGAGUGACAUGUCAGCGCCUGACAGCAAAAGGCAGCUCUGUCCCAAUGUCAAAUGAGGCUUGUGCCCAGGUGUCCAAGCGCCCUGUGGACACACAGAACUGUAACAGGCAGCCCUGUGUUGAGUGGGUGGCCUCCUCCUGGGGCCAGUGUAAUGGGCCUUGCAUUGGACCGCGACUGGCUGUACAGCACAGACAGAUAUUUUGCCAGACCAAAGAUGGGACUUCUGUGUCAUCAGAUCAAUGCAGUGCCUUACCCAGGCCUUUGAGCACCCAGAACUGCUGGACUGACAUCUGUGGCGUGCACUGGAGGGUCAGCCUGUGGACUGUCUGCACGGCUACAUGCGGAAACUACGGCUUCCAGUCCCGGCGCGUGGACUGUGUGCAUGUCCGCACCAACAAGCCCGUGCUGGAGCAUCACUGUUCCUGGAGGCCGCGGCCAGCGAACUGGCAGCGCUGCAACAUCACACCCUGUGAAAACAUGGAGUGCAGAGACACUACAAGGUACUGUGAGAAAGUGAAGCAGCUCAAACUCUGCCAGCUCACCCAGUUCAAGUCACGUUGCUGUGGGACUUGUGGAAAAGCUUGAAGACAAAAGCAAUGAAAAUGGAGGAACAAGGGGAUCACAGCCAUUGCUUCACUGAGGCAAGGACUUUUACAGAAAAUAUAAAUGGAAUGGAAUUCUUUUUUUUCAUUUUAUUUAUUUAUUUCCCUUUUAAA